UAGCCUCUAGCAUUGGACGAGUCCAUCUUCUCUGGUCCAUCUGUUACCGAACUCAACUGUCAAUGGUGUGAAGGUGAAAUCGGCGUGGCCUUGUGUCUUUAUUCGAUACCUACAAAAUGGCCGAGAUAGGGCUUAUCUCUCUGCCCGGGGAAGUGAUUGCCCACAUAGCUCAGUUCCUGUCCCUGAAGGACCUCCUGGCAUGUUCCGCCACUUGCUCCUACCUGCGCUCUGUCUUGAACGACAAUCUCAUCUGGAAGAGGCACUACAGGCGCAGCAUCGUGAAUUACGUGAGUAUGGCGAAGCCGUUUGUGAAGCCGGAGUUCGAAUACCAUCCAGAGCUCGAAUCUCUGGAGCCGCUCUGUACCGAGCGAGUGAAUCUGCUGAGGCAGAACCAUUUGCUGAGCAACUGGCGGGAGGGGAAGUGCGUCAGCCACAACGUCCACACUCAGGGUAACGGGCUCUUCUUGGAGAACAACGAUCGACAAAUCAUCUACGGCAACGUCUAUCUCUUCCUACACGUGCUCAACACGAACGAGAUCACCAUCUGGAACAUAGAGGAGAUCCCGUACUUCUACACCAGUGUCGUGUUCAGCCUGUACGAGUACAACAUGGAGGACGAGGACUGGACCGACAUAGUGAGGGUGUACUAUCAGAUCGUGGAGGACAAGCUGGUGGUGAUCCAGGGGAAUCUGGUACAGAUCUUCGGCAUAUACCUCCCGGAGAAAGCGUUCCCACUGGAGUACUUGAUCUCCGUCGAUAGGGACCAAGUGGUCAGUGACUUCGCGGAGACUCUCUACACGGACUGUUACAACUGGAUCGUGGGUCAUCUGUUGUUCUCCAGGCUGUGUUACUUGCCAGUCGUGCACGUCUGGGACAUCCGCACCGGGGACAAGAAGAAAGCCCUGCGAGCUCCCGCCGUAGGCUGGGACCUCUACGUAAUAUCUUUGGAUGACGCCGCCGACGUGGUAUUCAGUCUCAGGACUGACGAUCCGUUCGCCAUGGGGCCUGAGGAUUACGCAAAAAUAACAAACCACAUCAGCUGUUAUAAUGUAGCCAAAGACGAGUACACAACAAUCUUUCCGAGCCUGGCCGGCUGUAAACCCGUAAACGCGUUGCAUUAUCGUGAUUUCAUCAUACUUUUUUGUAUAGACAAUAUGUUUAUUUUUAAGUGUUCCAUUUAUGUUUUUGACCGGCGCACUUCGUCCACGGUGGCCCAAGCCACGUUCCCCGAUCUGGUAGGCCUCUACAAAUCUCGAGUGAUCGAAGACAAGUUGGUUUUAGCGACCCAAAGCUCGGUGGAAAUUCUGAACGUGAAAACUUUAGAGGCUGUUACCUCUUUAAAAAUCGAUGAUGUGAUUGACAUAGACUAUUUACCUGUUUUCAACUCCACAUUCAUUAUUACGUCUUCCGUCAAAAGUGAUAUAGAAGUGUGGGACAUUGAUAAAAACCAGGUGCUGUUAAAAUUACCUCUACAAAGUUUUGUAUUUUUGAAUGAAUCUUGUUCAAAGUUGGUUUUGAUUUCAGGGCAGUCUCUUGUAGUAAAGAAUUUUUGGUAGGAAAAUGUUUAGCAUUUGUGACAGAUAAUGAACACUUUUUUAUUAACUUAUCACUAACUGAAAGUAUUAAAAUAUGUGUGAUCAAAGUAUGAUAGUGUUUUCAGAUAAUCAUAUUGGAAUACGUAAAGUCAGUAUGUACACAUAAAAAUGUUGAGAUUAAAAUAUUGAAUACACACAUAAUUCUUUGUGUAAAGUUCGUUUUUGGUAAUGGAAGGGUUGUGAAGGUAACAGUAUUUUCCAGGAAAAUUGCAAUCAUUGAGCAAUAAAAAGCAUCAGUAACACUACAUUUCGAGAUACGCAAUCUGAUCUCUUCCUCAGGUGAUGGAUAAACGACUUAUCUAAGUUCUGACAGCAAUCAAAUAAAUAGAGCCAAAUCACAGAAAGGCAACUUUUAAAGAUGCACUCAAUAAAACUAACACUUUUAUGAACCUAACUUAGGAUUAAUUAUAACGUUUGCUCGCGAUGAUCAGAUAACCAAUCAUUGGCAGCCAAUCAGCACCAACCUGUUGUGCACCAGUUUUUAAGAGUAUCUGUCUCAACAACUCAUUAAAUAAAUACUGAUAUUGGGUACAUAGAUUUGACACGUAACAUGUUUAUUGUGAACCCUAACUAAUGUGUGUCAACGUAUAGCUGUAUGUGGUCUCGUAAGUUGUAAUUAUUUGUUGUUAGUUAUCCUCUUGGGACUCCAUAUUCUCGUAUUAUAGUUUGGGUUGCAGAUUUCGCAACGUAGUUUUAUUGCAAAUUUUUUUUAACACUGACAGAUGAACUUAUCUGAGUCAUCCAUGAGUGAACUUAUGAGUGUCCAAAGAAUUCACGAUAAUUCAUAAAUAUAACUUUAUAUUUAAAAUUAUUAUAAUAUUUUUGUAAUAUAGAAACUAAAUAUACGAUGUAAUAAAACAUACUUAGACA